AUGGCCUUAAAUUGUAAUCGAUGGAAGGUCGGCCAAUUCUCGACCUUAUCCUUGGCCAUCGUUGCUGGUCUGCUGGCGGCUGUUCUUUAUUUUUAUAUCCCUAAUGUAAUUCAAAAACAGAUCAAUGAGGUGAGUAUUCCAUUGUGAGUCACGUUUUUUGUGUUUAGAAAGCGGUCCUCAGCGAAGAUGAGUUUGGGAAUUAUUCGGACACAACAAAGUCGUGGAAAGACCCCAAGUAUGAUAUGGCUAUGUCUGUCUACACGUUCUCCGUGCUAAAUGCUGCCGAGGUCGAGAGUAACAACACCAGGCCGAGGGUGGUGGAGAAAGGGCCCUAUGUUUUUGAGUGGGUUCAAUUUUUGAUCAUGAAUAAUAUGGAAAGAGAUAUUUGUGUUAUUUCUUUGGCAAAUGAUUGAUUUAUAGUAUCAAAAUCUUCCUGAUUUCAGUGAGGUUCAACACAAACGCAUCCAGUUUGCUGCAAACGACACUCGAGUCUUCUAUCGCAAUUACAAAUACUACUUCUUCAACCAGAACAAAUCCUGCGAUGACUGUCUGCUGACUGAUGUGGUGACUGUCCCAAAUAUUGUUCUUCAAACCAUAAUUGACAAGAUCCCAAAUAAUGUGAUCAUCAAAGGCUUGGUUGACAUUGUUUUGAGGGCUCAGAAGGAGAAGAUCUUCAUUACGGCUACUGUUGGCGGACUUUUGUUCGAAGGAUACGAAGAUCCGCUGAUUUCGAAGAUCUGUAACAGCAAUCCGAUGGUCAGAGCGUUCUGUCGAGCUCAGAAAAUCCCGUUGAAGGUUGGAUUGUUUUAUGGCGUAAGUCGAUUCGACUUUUUUAUGUUACUUUUGACAUCAAAUGGGGGCAAAGUUAAUUGUAUUUUAUUUUAUAGAAGAAUGGCACUGAGGAUGGUCUCUAUGAGAUUGGAAGUGGAACCGGCGAUAUUUCCGAGCUCUCGAAAGUCUUCACAUUCAACAGGAAGAACCACACCGACGCUUACUACGGUCCAAAGGCGCAACAGAUCAAAGGAACGGACGGUCAAAUGUUCCCGCCUGGAAUCAACAGCAGAGAUUCUUACUUCCUUGACCUCUUUGUUGGCCCGCUUUGUCGAUCGAUCGAGCUGGAAAGGACGGGCAGUCGGAAUUAUGAAGGGGUUUGGGUCUACACCUAUGGACCCUCAAGAAAUAUGCACGACAUCGAUCUACAAAGAGGUCUGGGAUUCUGUAACCCGAAUUCACCGAGAUAUUUCAACAACACUUACAUUCAAGUGAGUUUGGAGGGGUGGAAAGAGUUUUUUUAUUCAAUUGAUGUCUGGUGUAAUAUAUGUAAUUUAGGAGAAAGGCUGCGCCCCGAUGGGGAUAAUGGACGUCAGCAGUUGUAUGCCGGGCAAUCCCCGUAUCUACAUCAGUCAGCCGCAUUUCUACGGUUCUCAUCCUGCCGUGCAUGAUGCAAUUGAUGGUCUCGCGCCCAUCUCGGAUAAUGACAAAACGGAAAUUGGAAUUGAACCAGCGACUUCAGCUGUUGUUUAUGCCGAUCAACGCACCCAACUCAACCUUGGAGUGAUCAACGGAGGUCUCCCGUCGUUGUCUACGGUCAGUCCACGUAUCAUUCCGUUGAUCUGGCUGAGAGAUUCGGCUUCAUUCGACGAAGGGACCAAAGCCCAACUUUCUGGGCUGGCUGGAACCAAAAAAGACAUCUUUAUCGCUAGCAUUGGGACUUUCCUGUUCUUCUGCUUAUCAAUUGUUGCCUUUGGAGUCAUCUUUGCGGUCCGUUCGAGACAACAGGUAAGAUCAGAGGCUGGUUUUAUAUUGUACUAGGCACUGUUCGCCACGAAAAAUAUAAAAGAGGGUCUGUAAACAAGGGGCUGCAAAGAAGCCUUUUAAUUUUCUAAAUUAAAGAUCCUCAUGACUUUUACUGCCAUAAUUCAUAAUAUUAAACGUCUAAUUUCUAGGAAUCGGACACUGUUCCCCUGCUGGCAGACGAACAAGCACUUGCUGAAGAGCCCCAAGAAGAGUCUGCGUAA